AUGACUAAGCUGUACAUUUGCCCUGACACCGGCUCAGAUGAAAAUGACGGGAGUGAAGAGCGACCCCUUGGUACACUUUUCCAGGCCAUGGUUUUAUCAAAGAACUCCGGCGAGUUUUUGGUUAGAACGGUUAAAGAGGAUGGUACGAAAACGUGGGAGCCAGCUGCCAAGGCUGCCAUCAAGAAAAAUUUGAAAAAAUACGAAGCGGAACUCAAGAAGGCAGAAAAGGCUGCUGGACGAGCGAAGGAACAGGAAGCUGCUUCUCACGCAGCUUUGGAGGAGGCUAAAAAGGUCACUUUCUCGAUGGAUCAGUCGCUACCUGCAGCUACACUUGUGAAGAUCUCCGAAUGUGUAAAACACCGUGACCAACGCGUACAUUUGAAAGCAU